CCCAUCAACGUCACCCAAUCUGAAACUAUCGUCUGCGUUGUGUUUAUGCUUCGUCCGGCUCAUUUUUUCGCUCAAUGCUCUGUAUCGCGUGGUCGCGUUUGUGCGCAGUUCCACCGUACUGUGUUUUGCUCAGCCGGCAUCUUCUUGAAAUAUAUUUGAGCAACAAUAAUCAUGUCUGCAUUUAAGUGUGCCACCGGUGAAGACAGUUUCCGGAGCGUCCUAUCCAUUCUCACCCCCGAGGAAGCGGAAGCCUGCGGCGGGCUCCCUGCCGAAGCCAUCGCUGGAACCCUUCAAUCAGAUCCUACCCCUUCAGCUUCAACACCAGGAGGAAAACCACCCUCAGGUUCCGAUGCUGCAAGUGGAUUCAAGCCUAACCCUGUUUUUUCAGCCUUCAUGCAUAACGUGAUUCGAACUCAUGGUCCCCUGGAUCAGAGUCUACAGCAAGCUGCUGAGAAUCAGAAAUCUGGUUACUUGUACGUCAUUGAUUUUCGGACCCCUGAUGGCAUCAUGGGGAGAGUGCCUCCACAUGAUAUUGUGGGUGCCUUUGCUGUGAAUGAUGGGCGCAUCGGUGACUAUCAGCCCAAUGCCAACCACCGGUUAUUCACCGAGCAUGGUCUGGUAAAACUGCCACCUUCGUUAGCGAAAGCUCAUAUAGAGGAGUUGAAGCGUCUGAGAGUCCAGUCUUGAAGUCAGUUUUUUUCUAAGAGGAUACAGAUAACCAAAGCUUACAAAUAAAUUUUGGCUCCUUUUUUACAGUUUCAGCGGCUCUGAUAGGAAGUCCGUGAAAAAGGAGCUGUUUGGUAAAAUAAGUUUCUCGGAUUGUACUCCCUGUAAAUUGUUCCAAAGUAACUGUUAAAACGUACCUAUCUUGUAAAAAGUAUGGGGGCUUUCAACCAAAUAUUCCAUAGACAUACCACUGUGGAAACUUUAAAGAAUUUUUUGAUUGUGUGGUCGACCCAGGGACUUUAAUGAAUUACAGAGGUUUCACUCGAUGAAUUUUAUUCAUCUGCUCAAGCACUCAGGAUCUAUUGUUUCCACUCUUGUUGAUUGUGUAAAAAUUGUUUAUUCUCUCAUGGAUUAAAUUUUGUUCCUAAUAUAAUAGGUCACCCAGCCUUGUAAAUGGCCAAAUCUUUCAUAUUUAAUUUGCUUCAUAGUUUUAGUUGAAUGGAGCGGAAUUCAUUUCUGGA